AUGCGAAUACUGGUAGUUGAAGACGAUAUCGGCACAGGGGAUUACCUGAAGAAAGGGCUGGGGGAAGCGGGCUACAGCGUCGAUUUGGCGCGCAACGGCACCGACGGGCUGUUUCGCGCGUUGGAGCAGGACUACGAUGCGAUCGUGCUCGAUGUCAUGCUGCCGGGGCUGGACGGUUGGCAGAUCAUCGAGGUAUUGCGCAAGAAAAGCGACGUGCCGAUCCUGUUUCUCACCGCCCGUGAUGGCGUGCAGGAUCGCAUCCACGGCCUGGAGCUGGGCGCGGACGACUAUCUUAUCAAGCCGUUUUCCUUUACCGAGCUGGUGCUGCGUUUACGCACCUUGCUGCGCCGCGGGCCGGCGCGCGAAGCCGAUCAUUACGCCAUCGCCGAUCUGCAGUUGGACGUAUUGCGCCGCCGGGCGGUGCGCCAGGAUCAGAAUAAGAACCAAAAUUGCUUGCCAGAAUGUUUCAAUCAUUUUCAAAAUUGUAGAAUAACAUUAGAUUGUACUGAAAUUUCAUGCGAUAUUCCUAAAUCCCUUUUGGAUCAAAAGCUCACAUAUAGUUCUUAUAAGAAUAAAAAUACAUUGAAAGGGCUUAUUGGAGUAGCUCCUAAUGGUGUUAUUACUUAUGCUAGUAAAUUGUAUCCUGGAUCCACUUCUGAUAAAAAAAUUGUAGGCCACUGUGGAGUAUUAAAUAUAUUAGAACCAGGUGAUUUAGUAUUAGCUGAUAAAGGCUUCCUAAUUUCAGACUUAAUGCCUCCAGAAACUUCCUUAAACAUUCCCCCUUUUCUUAUGUCUCCGCAAUUCACUCCAAGUGAAGUUCUGAAAACAUAG